UUGUGUUUUUGUGAUGAAUCCAGUCCUUGGAGCUCAAAGCCAGUUCAAGCGAAAGCUGGGUUCCACGCUCACCCACACAAUCUUACUUUGUCCAUUCACCUGACACUGAAACCCCAUCGCAAAUCUUCCUCGGGCUCUACUGAGCUUCCAAAUUUUCGGAUGAGGGCCAACAAUCUCUUGUCAGGCUUUCUCUGUGUCUCAGGUGCCGCAGCGGAGCUUCACGACGAGACGCAGAUCUCGUCUUUCUCAGGCCUAGGCUUUCCAGAUGUGCUGACUUGUGCUCCAUCCAACCUAGAAGAUCUCCCCCCCCCUUUUUGUCCCAGAUUGGGCAGAGCAUACUAACUUCAUCCAGUGAAUCAGGAUGAUGCCAAGCAGAAUUGGGGUCAACUUCAUUGUGAUGAUAGAGAUCGGAAUCAUGGCUUUCAGAAUCCAAGGUGUUGUGUCCAUCUUCCAUCCAUCUCAUCCACUUUUCGUAACGUGCUUGAUUUCCUCUCGCUUGCCGUGAGUUGUGGAUCUGUUACAAUGGAGAGGGUGUUACAAUGCUCCACACCAGGGCCAUGUGCUUUGCGCAGUUAGUUUACUUGGAUCCAGUUUCAUGAAAACUAAACGAACAAAACUGCCCUGGACAUGGGGCAUUGUAUCCCACCGGUCAUGCUACUCAUUGUUUACGUUCUAAACUUGUGUUUGACACCACCUUCCUAACAACAAGUUUGUGUUGAUCAAGCAUUUGCCUUGAAACUGUGCCGAAGACCUCAUAAGCUACGGCUCAUUUGCUUUUCGCGGAGAACGAUUCCCUACCCCGAGCAAAGCAUGCAUGUUGCACAUAUAAGGGGUGUCAUGAAAGCACAAGAUGCUCUGCGUACAAGGGUAGGAAGGAAGGGAUGUAGCUUCUUAUGAUACUCGCUCAAAAGUGAAUGUGGAGCGGUGGUUUACCUGUGGCCCCCGCGCUAGUGCCAGUCAGAAGGAAGCCAGGGAUGGGGGAAUGGGAUUUAAGAGGAAGAUAACGAACUAGAGCUUGGUGGAUUCGAAACUGUGAAACCUGCUGGGAGGGUAUGAGCAUGAGGCUCAAGGAUCUGCCGGUGAUUGUAGCAGUUUCGACGACACCCGACGCAUGGACCGAGCACCACGGCACAGUUUCACUAAAUCAAGGCACCCCAGCGGCUUCGAAAGAAACUUACCAACUACGGUGCCGUGGAUUAUUCCUGCCACGUGGUCCGGAAUCCGAAAACUUGUUGCGAAUUGGAAACUGCACAGUGCUGGGCUGGGUACUACUGCGCAAGCUUGUUCCCAGCUUCCAAGCGAAGACCGUUCUUGCCGUGAUCGUCGUCAUGUGUCAGGGGCAGCGAUCUGCACGACUGCAGCGCAGCCACGAUCAUCACUACCACUGUUAGACCCUCCUUCCUGAACCCAGAAGUUCCGGUUUCAGUGUACAUAUCGACCAGCGCUUCUGCAAGCUGAACGGGUGCUGCAAGUCUCAGUUGCAGGCGCCUGUCAUUCGAUGACUCCGUUUUGGGGCCUGCUGCUGUGAUUAUUGAGAAUUUUGCUGCAGAGCCGUGCAAAAUAGACGACAAGAGGUAGAGAAGCGGAGGGCGCUUUGGUUGUAGUUAUUUGAGGACAAGGAAACACGGGUGAAGUCGUCAAAUUUUGAUUGAAUUGGUCGUGAUUUUUUGUGAGGAGAUUAGUAAUUGAGUUGCGUUUUCGAAGUUUGGGCUUCUGAGAUUAGUGUUCCGGUGAGGGAGGUAAUUUGCGGUCCCGCAUAGCGAGCGCAGAAGCAGGAGUUUAUCGUUCAGACAAGUAUAUAUAAUACAUCAAACUAUUUUCGCAGUUCACUACUGCCGUGGUCUCAUAGAUUAAAGAGGAUUAAGUUGUAAAAUACCUGUAAAAGCUAUUUUUCCUGACACUGCCGAAAAAGACAUGAUCAUGGACGUGACAAGUGUUAAUGGCACGCCUACCGCAAAGAAAUUCGGCGGAGGAGGAUCACCUGCUUGUACAAAUCCCAAAAAUUUGACAAAAUGGGCGGCAUUGAUUGCAUCUCUUGUAAUUCUGCUCCAUUCAUCGUCGACAGGAGUUUAUGCUGCAAGAAGCUUCGGAGAUGCAAUCUCAUCUUCAGAUGUUUUAGUUCUUUACAAGAGUGGAAGUGAAUCUUCAAGAGUGCACAAGCUGAGGAGUGCCACAAACACGGAGAACGUCGAAUUUGGACAUUUUCUUGAGAGAAAGCUAUUGCAAGUUCAGCCACCUACAAAUACACGACCAUUGGCAGUGAGAGGAGACCGUAGAGAUCCAACCAAUGGCUUUAGGAAGUAUCGAAGAGGAUACGACGUGAAGAGCAAAAGCUAUUGGGCGUCAGCGAUAUAUACGGGAGUCUAUGGGUUUUCUAUAGCUGUGGCUUGGUUACUUCUGGGAUUGCUCCUAGUUCUAGCUGCAAUCUGCAAGCUCUGUUGCUGCCGUCGGGAGAAGGUGCAAGAGCCGCGUUCAUCUUUUUACUAUUGGCUACCUCGCCUCCUCGUGCUGCUUCUUUCACUUUUUGCCAUAGGAUGUAUUAUUACACUGUUCGUACGGAAUGAGCAAUUUCAUACACAGGCUUUCAAUGUGAGAGAUACAAUAAGAGCAUCAUCAAAUGAUGCAACAGGCGCAGUUCGCAACGUAUCCUCGACGUUGUCGGAGGUGGAUACCCUUGUUAGUAGAUACGGCAUUGCUGGUUUGGAGCGUAUUGGUCAGACAGUGACAAGCCUUAAUCAGCAAGCUGAAACCAUAACAACAGAAGUGGAUAAUACCUUAAGCACAUUAACCAAGCUUAUCAAUGGAAUAGAGAUUGCAUUGAUAAUAAUUCUGGCGGUGGCUCUUUUCCUCGUAAUUGCAGGACUUGUGACGGCUUGUAUAGGUUGGAGAGCUCUUCUUUUCUUGAUUCUUUUGUUGGGUUGGAUCCUUACGGCCUUGACCUGGGUUUUGUUUGGGCUUUUCUUCGCUGUCAACAAUGUUGCAUCAGAUACAUGCCAAGCUUUCACCGAGUACUUACAGGCCCCUGCAAAUACAACGUUGGACGACUUGCUUCCAUGUGUAGACCUAUCAACUGCCAGUUCCGCAUCAGGAGUAGCCAAGCAAGGCGUUAGCAACAUAAUUGUACAGGCCAACGGAGCUAUCACUCAAAUACGGGAUGCAAACACUAGAAUAGGUCGAAACACUUCUCUACCUGAUGUGUGCAAUCCAAUUGGUCCAGCCCCAACCCACAUAUUUACAAACUCUUGCCCUCGGGGUACAAUCUCAAUUGGUGAACUACCACAAGCUAUCCAACCUUACGUUUGCCCAGAAGAGCCUCUUUCAAAUACGUGUUUGGCUGAAGGGCGUGUUGUUACUCCAACUCAAGGCACAACUAUCAGGGAUUUUUCUCAAGGGGGACAAAGUUUACUGAAUAUAAUUCCACAGGUUGACAGUUUAACCAACUGUUCCUUCGUGUACGAUACAUUCAACACCAUUGUUAACGAGCGAUGCAGCCCUGCAAGAAGAGCUAUUCGAAACCUUUGGAUUCCAUUGCUGCUUUUGUCUAUAGCCUUGACAUUGAUAACAAUCUCUUGGAUUCUGGCGAACCAUCGCAACAAAAAGGAACGUUACUCGCAUACCAUUCACGCUCAAGAUAGUCCAAGACCCACUCAAAAGUGAAAAAGCCCACUAGAAAGUGUAAAUUUCGGCUGUAGCGAUUUAAUUUGAUAUGCUAGUACCUUUAUUUAGAGGCAUUCUGAAAGUACACUCUGGUUUCAGAUGCAUGCUGAGAACUUAAGGUUUUUUUUCAGAAGUAAAGAGAGGAAGGGAAAGGGAGGGUUGUUGAGUGUGCAUAGAGCUGCCGAAGUAACCGGCACACCUUAUUUCAUUUGUGAACAGCUUUUUGAAUAAGAAGAAACCAUCUCACUUUGGAUAUUCUUAAUUAACUUUA